UUGGAUCGGUACUUUUAAUCUUGUUAUCGAAAGUUAACAUCCGUUAUUAUACCACAUAAAAUAUUAAAUGUUUUAUUUGUUUUAGAUAUUGGGUAGGUUCUACCUAUAAAAACCAACCCGAUCUAUUGUUAUCAAUUCUUAGUUGUAAUAGAUCAUCAGGUGAAGUGCUGUUAUUUAAAUUUAGUUUAACAAAUAUGGGUUCGGCAACAAUUGGAGUUUCUGUUUUAAUACUGUGCGUAUUUGAAUUUGCUACAGUUUUCGCUGUAUCGAAAUGCUGGGCAUGCAAGGAUCAAAGUUGUAAUGAUCCUUUCAAUUCCAAAAACGCUCUGAUCCAAAACUGCACCAAUUUUAACAGCUAUAGAUCAACAGACGUUGAAGGAAUUAAUGGUGGUGGUGAUAGUCUAUUCAAUAAAUAUAGUACUCUGUAUAGUUCGGACACCGACUUUGUUUGCACCAAAUAUGUAGUGGAUAGCAAACUUGCUUCGAACUACACAUUUACAGUAAGGACUUGUUCACCAAGGACCAUCAAUGGCCAAAACACCUGUGAAGCUGUACGACAGAGUAUCGGAGCGCUUGUUGGAACAGUGUUAUCGUGUCAAACCUGUGACGGCGAUUUAUGCAAUUCUGCACCCAGGUGGAGCUUUUCAGCUUUUCUUGUGACGGUUUUUUAUUUGUUUGGAUCAUUGCUGCGUUAGAAUAUUUUUAUAUUAUAUACAUUCUUAUACAUAAAAUCAACUCGGGGUACAAAUAAAUUAGAUCAAAACUUGUAAAAUAUAGUAUUUUAUAUAUUAGUUUGUAUAUUAAGUUAUUUUUUAAAUAAACUUUAAUAGUUUUUUGUAAUGUUUAAUAAAUUUAUAUACUGGUUUAUUUAUCAAAUGUAAGUCAAACCUAAGGAUGAUUUCUGGUUGUUAAAAUAAUUAAAACAUAACUUUUUAAA